AUGUGCUCUCGUGCCUGUACACCUUCUCACGGGGCUGCGAGUGAUGGACCCGACCGGGAUACCUAUCUCUGGGCUGUACGGAGAUACCACGGCCCGCAGUAUAAUCCCGCACCUUCGGUCGAGGCGUGGGCCGUACCUGCCCGCAUUCUGGGAGGUUAUAGUUGUGGAUCUCCGCCGGACGUCCCAGUAGCUGGGGACGGGCGUGGAUGUCGCAGGACCUGGGCGGGGAUCUUUGGGUCUAGCGGACGGCGGUGGAGGCGGGGGCGCUCGCGCAUGUCUGGAUGGGCGUUGCAGUUGGUCGACCCCGUCUGGCAUAACCCGUUGAACCUGAGUCUGGGCCGGCUCGGAGACUGCCACCGGGUCUAG